AUGACGUCACGGACACGUGAAGGAGCAGCACCGAUAUUUGAUCGUCCGGAUAUUAUUGUUAACACGUCAAAAUAUGAGGAUGAACAAAAUUCUAGUUCGUUUUCCCGUUCAGGGAGGCCAGAAUACGAAGGACGAAGUCUUAGCUACGAUAGAACCGGAGAUUAUCACGUUAAAAAACACGAAACGUACAACAGCAGAGGAGAAGAUAGGGAAAGAGAUCAUCGCGUUAGGGAUAGGAAAAGAACAUCGAGGGACGUGAACAGAGAGAGAGGGAUGAGAAAUAACAGGAGCAGAAUGAGAAUGGAUCCGGAUAAUUUUAGAAAUACUUCGAGAGAUAGUUACAGGGAAAGAACGAGAGAUAGCGAAGAAGAUAGAUAUAGAGAAAAGAGUAGAUCACGGCAGAGGAUGUCGAACAGCAACGCUCACAGUAAUAAAUUUACACCGACUGAAACUAGCGUGCAAGAUUCGAGCAGACGAUAUUCGGAUCCGACGGCGAGUUAUUUCAAUUCGGGGCCACGAUACGAAGUCGAACCCCGUGGUGAAAAUUUUUCAAAUUAUUUCAACAGCAACAACAGGCGAAACAAUGGCGGCAACCACAGCGCUCGGGGCCGAGGUAACCUUGUUCGUCCGAUAAUGAAUCGUCCUUUUUUACAUCAUACGGAAUUCGGAACGAUGAGGCCCGUGCCGCCGGGAGCGUUUCGGGGACCGGCUCCCAUGGGCCCGAGAUUAGCUGUCCCUGGAAGGCGGGUACUUCCACGAAUGUUUCCACCGGUAAUACAAGUAAUAACACCGUUAAGACCUCCUGGUAUACCAUUUCUCUAA